GAUCUCUUAUGCCCUGUUUAUGAUUUUGGCCCUAUUUAAGCAUCUAUUGGCGUCAACUCAUAUUGAUAGGAGGGAGAUUUGUACGAGCGAUGUUUCUUCUUCUUUGGAUGCUGAAACAGAARUGGUGGUUUCGUUUAUUUUGCACAUUUGGUGUUUACUCGAUACCCCUGUCUGAUUCAGCUGGGAAUUUGAUGGUUACUCCUUCAUUUUAUUCGUAUUGACUUCACUCAACAUGGGGCAUGAGGUUACAUCCAGAUGUGGUGUUGGUCCAAUGAGCCAUAUGGACAAUGAGCAUGCCUUUCUGAUGAACCGGCCAACAAAACAAGGCAGGGAAGCAGAAGAUGUUCCGAGACAGCAAAGGCUCCAAAUUUCCUUGAAUACCAACUUUUGUCAGUAUGAAGCCCACCAAUUGCCAAGCAUUCCUAAAAUGAAUCCUGUGCCAACUAGACUGAGAUUGUCAUACAAUGAUGAUGAACACAACUCCUCUGUUACUUCCAUAAAUGGAAGUAUGACGGAAACUCUUCCUGUAAUUCUGUCCCUAGGUGACAACCUUAGGACUGAGAUUGAUCGGCAGAAAGAAGAAUUCGACCAUUACAUCAGAGUACAGGAAGAGCACAUCAUAAAGGGAGUAAGGGAGAUGAAACAAAGACACAUGGCUUCUUUCCUGAGUGCAAUAGGAAAAGGAGUUGGCAGGAAACUGCAUGAGAAGGAGCUUGAGAUAGAGAAUAUGAACAGGAAGAACAAGGAACUAGUGGAGAGAAUAAAGCAGAUGGCCAUGGAAGUGCAAUCCUGGCAGUACCAAGCAAAAUACAAUGAAUCAGUGAUCAGUGUCCUGAAGAGCAAUCUCAAACAAGCCAUUGCACAGUACAUUGACCAAGGGAAGGAAGGUUGUGGUGACAAUGAGGUUGAAGAUGCAGAAUCCUCGUGCAUUAACCAGAACAACCACCUGAUAAUUCCUAGUGGUUCUGAGAAUGGCCAACUCAAGUUGAAGGAACGGGUGACUUGCAUAGCAUGUAAGGGUAAAGUGGUCUCCAUGUUAUUGUUGCCAUGUAGGCAUUUGUGCUUGUGUAUGGACUGUGAUGGGUUUAUCCAUGUAUGCCCCAUCUGCCAGUUAAUGAAGACUGCAAGUAUUCAGGUAUACAUAUCCUGAUACAUGGAUUUAACACAAUAGAAUCGAAAAGUUUUGCACAA